AUGGAAGUGGGCGCCAAAGAAGCAGGGGCGGGUCUGCGAGACGAGAGGUGUAGGUAUGAGGGCGCAUGGGCCGGGACAUGGCGGUUUGUGAGGCACCCACAAUGCCAAGUGGCGCAUCUGCAGACGUUUUGUGAUUUUUUGCGGUACUUCCGAAACGGCGCGGAAUACGCCCCAUACAUCCGGCAAACGCACAUAUUCGGGCCUCCAGCAACUGAAUUGCAGAUACCAGGUGACAUGAGAGUCACAAGAGUGGAUGCCACUCAUUCCGCGAAAUCUCGGCAAUUUCUUUGUUGCUCGUCGCUGUGUCGCUUGCUGUGUGAAUCACGACAGCCUCAAGCGUUCUGCUUCACACGAUCCGCCAAAAUCCGCAACGUUCGGCUCGCGAACCGUCUCACGCCCACCGCGCAUCCCCUUCGUACCACUGAAUCUUCUUCAGCCGGACUUGCAAGGACUUCGUUAAUGGCAAUCUCCACGACAUCUCCCCGCAUUCGUUGCGCCUCUUCAGACACGCCCGACACACUCGCUACCACACCCAAUGUAAUUAUCCCUUGUGCCCAUAGCUGUUUGUCCCGCCCCAUUAAUCUCACAAAGUCCGCCCCGCCCCCACCUACCAAUCCCUGCUCCCGCUUUGUAGAAACGAUUUUUCCGCUCGCCUUGCUAUGCGACCCUGUUUCGUCUUCAGAUGAGCUUGUCAUGUCGAAAGACUCAAUGCUGUCCCAAUCAUCUACAUUUGUCCAUUCGUAUUCAUUCCCAUUUGCAUCUUUCCACCAUUUCCCUUCUUCCUCUGUCACUACGAGCCCUGAUCUUGAUGGUGAUGAUUUCCUCCUUCGUCUCCGCGCGCUAUUUAGUUCCAAGUCAUGUCCGUGA